AUGGUUAAGGGGAUUGCCCCAGAAUACUACACUGGAGCCUCGUUCAACUUCUCCAAGAACACCGCCCAGGCUCAGACAAAUCAGGCAACCCAGCCUCCCCAGGUUCCAGCUGGAGUCACCCAGGCUCAUCAGUUCAGACAGUGGGUUCAACAACAGUUCAAAGAAGAAGGAGAAAUGGAAGCCAGAUUGCCCAGCCUGUUUUAG